AAAUAAAUAAUGUAAGAUAAUGUUUCUGAUUUGCAUCAUAAAAUGUGCAAAAAAGUAGCCCAAUUGACAAAAGUUAUAUUUUUUUUAAAUACAAAAAACGACGAAUAUGAGCAAAAUUUAAAAGCUGUUGUUUUAACUUAUGAAAACUAGUUAGAAAGUACAGUUAAAGAAAGUAAUUUAAUAAUAUAAAAAUAUAAGGAGGCUUUAGAAAAGUAGAAUAAAAAUGAGGAAAACUUAAAAGAAAUCCAAAAGGUAAAGUAAUAAGUUGAAUAAGAAAAGAAUUAAAGCUUAGUUGAAUUUAGUAAAUUUAAAUAGAAAUGCGAAGAAAAAGAACUAUAACAAAAUAAAAAAAUCGAAUAAUAUAAGUUAUAAUGUGAAUAAAAUGUAAAGAAAAUUGAAACUUUAAAUAUAAAUGUUGAAAAAAUGAUAAAUAAUACUGAAACAUUGAAAAAAAAUCACCAAAAAGAAAUAGCUGAUUACGUAAAAACAUAAAAUGAGAAAUUUAAUGAAUUACUUAAGAAAAAGCUUGAUGCUGAGGAAAACCUUUAAAAAACAUAAAAUGAAAAUUAAACUUUAAAGAAAAAAAUUGAUGAACUAAAUAAAAAAAUACAAGAAGAUUUAAAAAACUAAAAAGGAUAAUCAUAAGUGUAGAUAGAAGAAUUAAAAAAAUAACUUGAAACUAAAAUUAAUUAAGUUGAAUAAAAAAAUAAAGAAUAAAGUUAAAAAUUUUCAGAACUUGAAUAAGAAAAUGGAUCCUUAAAAACUUAAUUGAUACAAAAAGAUUAAGUAAUCAAAGUUUUAAAUGAAGAAAAGAAUAAUUAAAAGAAAUUGUAUGAAUAAAUUUAAAAAGAAAUGCAAGAUUUAAUAAAAGAAUUAACUAAUUUAAAGAAUGAAAAUAAAUCAAUUUCAGAAAAAAAUAAAUAGCUAGAAAGUACUUGUAAACAAUUUGAAAAUACAGUAAUUUAAUAAGAAAGAAAAAUAAAAGAGCUUUAAGAAUACUCAAGCAAAUAAAUGAACAUAAAAGAAAGUGAAUUAAUGACAACAAAAAAAUAAUUAGAAAAACAACUAAAUGAUAAAAUAGAAGAAUUAAAAAACAUAAGAAAAGAAAUGGAAACAAAAAUAGAAAACUUAUAAAAUUAAUUAAAACAAAGCGAAUAAAAUUGUUCUGAUAAAGAUAUAAUUAUUCAAAGCUUAAAUUUAAAAUGUGAAAAUUAUUAACAAUAAAUAUAAAAUUUACAAAAUGAAAUUUUUAAUCUUUAAAACAAUUCUGACGGAUAAAUUUAAAUUAUGUAGGCUCUUUUGAAAACUAAAAAUGAAGAGUUCUAAAAUACUAUUAAUAAAUUGAAUUAAGAAAAUGAAAAAUAAUGCACUGAUAUGAAAGCUUAUUUUGAAUAAAAAAUAUUUGCAUUAUAAAAAGAUCAUUCUAUUUAAAUUUAAAAUUUGAAUUAAGAAAAUGAUAAAAACCAAUCUUAUAUGAAAUCUAAAUUUUAAUAAGAAAAUUAAGAAUUAUUAGAUUAAUUA